AUGGACUCAGACAUCCCAGAAGCCUUCCAGAAAGAACUCACCUCCCUCGUCUGCAUGAACUACUUUAUAGAUCCAGUCACCAUAGGCUGUGGGCACAGCUUUUGCAGUCCUUGUCUCUUUCUUUCCUGGGAAGAAGCCCAAACUCCUGCUCGUUGCCCAAUGUGCAGGGAACCAUCACAGCAGAAAGACUUCAGAACCGAUAUUCGUGUGAAGAAGAUGGCUUCCCUUGCCAGACAGUUUCUGAGCUCUGAGGAACACAUGUGUGGGACCCACAAGGAGACAAAGAAGAUCUUCUGUGAAGAGGACAAGAACCUGCUGUGUGUGCUGUGCUCUCACUCUCAGGGGCACGAGGCUCACAGACACUGUUCCAUUGAAGAGGCUGCUGAGGAACACCGGGAGAAGCUAUUAAAGCAAAUGAGAUCUUUAUGGGAAAAAUUCCAAGCCAAUAAGAGAAAUCUAAAUAAGGAGAGGAGACUAACCAACCUGUGGAUGGAUUACGUGUAUCUGCGCAGACAGAUGACCAGGGCUGAGUAUAGGAAGCUACAUCCGGUUCUCUAUGGGGAAGAAAAAGAAUAUUUAGAGAACCUGAAAAAGGAAGGCUGGCACAUUUUACAACAGCUCAAGAAAAGUGAAGCCCAAAUGGUUGAAAAGUGGAGACACCUAAAAGAAAUGUAUGAGGAACUGAUGAAAAUGUGCCAUAAAGCAGACAAGGAGCUGCUCCAGGAUUUAGGAGACCUACUAACAAGGAGUGAGUCUGUGCAGCAGCACAUGCCCCAGCCUGUGAAUCCAGAGCUCAGUUUAAGACCCAUCACCGGACUGAUAGACAGGUUUGACCACUUCCGAGUGGAAAUUUUCUUCGAUAAUGAAAUAACCAAUCACAAUAUCAGUUUUUUUGAUGAUGUGAGAAAUUUGAAGUUUAGACAUGACCAUCAAGAUGCCUCUUUGAAUUCUGACAGAUCUAACUAUUUUGCUGCAUGGGGAGCUCAGAGGUUCACCUCUGGAAAACAUUACUGGGAGCUGGAUGUGGACAACUCUUGGGACUGGGCUCUAGGAGUCUGUAAAGAUUCCUGGAUAAGAAACACUGGCAAAAUGCUUGAAUCUGGGGACACAUUUCUUCUUCUGUGUGUGAGGGAGGAUAAUCAUUACACUGUCUUGACCACCCCCCCAGUGAUUUAUCAUUACAUAAAGAAACCUCUGGGCCGGGUUGGUGUGUUCCUUGAUUUUGAGAGUAGAAGUGUGAGUUUUGUGGAUGUUGCCAAGAGUUCCCUCAUAUGGAAUUACCCCACUGGCUCUCUCAAUUUCCCUGUCAGGCCUUUUUUUUUGCACUGGCCACACAUGAUCAGGCAUAAGUCAGAAACCAGAUGUUGUCUGGGAAUUCCAUAUCUGAAAGAGCCCUUCUCAGUUGAAGCAAAUCAAUAA